AUGUCCGCCUCGGUGGGCCCUCGGGGCGGCCCGCGCCCACCCGUCGCGCCGGCCAUCCCCGAACCGGACCUUAGCCAUUUGACGGAGGAGGAGAGGAAGAUCAUCAUGGCAGUGCUCGCGAGGCAACGGGAGGAGGAGGCUAAGGAGGAAGCCAUGCUAAAAGGCAUCCAGCAACAGCUGACCAGCUACAGGGAAACAGUGGUCCGGCAGGCGGCCGUGGCGGCAGGGGCCAGCACGCACCGCGACGACGCGCCCACCUGCGGCAUCUGCCACAAGACCAAGUUCGCGGACGGGUGCGGACACCUGUGCUCCUACUGCCAGACCAAGUUCUGCGCCCGCUGUGGUGGGCGAGUCUCACUGCGCUCCAACACGGAGGACAAAGUGGUCAUCUGGGUGUGCAAUAACUGCCGGAGGCAGCAGGAGCUCCUCACCAAGCCCGGCGAGUGGUUCGCCGGUCCGGAGGGGACGCUGCUCUGCUCCGACCCCGCCGACAAGAAGCUCCGCUCACGCUCCCAGGCCCCCCCUGGCUCCGCCCAGCCGCCCGAUGAGCCCGGCCGGCUGUGCGGGCCCGGAACGACGCCGGGAUUCGACCCCCGAUCGCGCAGCGAGCCGCCGCGAGAAACGAGGAACGGCAGAGGAGCUGGAGGAGGCGGAGGAGCUGCAGGCCAGGGGGAGCGCAGGCCGGGCCAGCCCCGACUCAAAGCUCAGGUGUCCGUGGACCGACACUUGCGGGGCGACUCCAGGGAACGUCGCGAGGGCCGGCAGCUGACCAAGGGCCGCUCCCUGGAGCACGACCCCGUGGGGGCCGGCAACGGUGGAGGGCCCGGCAGGAGGAUGGAGGAAGGGGGCUACCAUCACACGGACCACCCGGCCGGUAGCAACCCUUCUCUCCCUCGCCAGCACCUCGGCACGCAGCAGCAGCAGCAGCAGCAGCAGCAGCAGCAGCAGCAUCCCUCACACAUGGGGGGGCCCGGGGCCCCCGGGGGCCGGGGCCACCAGCUCCCUGUUAAAGGAGGAACCGUCAGCGUGGGGUUCGAGGCGAUGGCCCGGGUGGGCACGGCGGGCCAAAUGGCGCCCAAACAGAGGACGGCGGGCGGGAUGGGGGUGGGGUUGGGUGGGCUGCAUGAACACGCACCGCCCUCGCAGCCGGGCAACGGGGCCCCUGAACUCCGGGAACCCUCGGGGAUGGGGCCCGGCUCGGGCUCCGCGGCAGGGGACGAGGGGGGGCCGCCGCCGGCCCGGCGGAGCAAGCGGGAGAAAGCGGAGAGCAUGCUGCGCAACGAUUCGCUUAGCUCGGACCAGUCGGAGUCCAUGCGGCCGCCGCCGCCGCGGCCGUACAAGUCAAAGCGUGGGACGGGCGGCGCCGGGGGGAAAAGGCAGACCAGCGUCAGCAGCUCUGAGGAGGAGGGCGGGACCACGCCCGAGUACAGCAGCUGUGAGGACGCCGAGAUAGAGAGCGUCUCAGAGAGAGGUGACUGGGAGCGCUACCCUCACGACCCCAGUGUAUGGCACCUCACAUGUCCCCUUGACCUCCCACAGCAUCCCGUAGCCUGGGAACCGUCCAAAGAAGGAGACCAUCAAAUAGGACGCAUCACCCUGAGCAAGAGGAGUGCCGCCAUGCCAAAAGAGGCCGGGGCCCUACUGGGGUUAAAGGUGGUGGGCGGCAGAGUGACAGAGUCAGGGAGGCUAGGAGCCUUCAUCACCAAAGUCAAGAAGGGCAGCCUGGCUGACGUUGUGGGCCAUUUAAGGGCAGGUGAUGAAGUUUUACAAUGGAAUGGCAAGCUGUUGCCGGGGGCAACCAUGAAGGAAGUUUACAACAUCAUCCUUGAGUCUCAAGCCGAGCCCCAAGUGGAUCUGGUGGUAUCCCGGCCUAUUGGUGAUAUCCCAAGAAUCCCCGACACAUCACACCCUCCAUUAGGAUCUAGUUCCAGCUCCUUCGAGUCCCCCAAGAUGGACCGACCGUCCAUCUCCGUCCAGUCUCCCUCCAACGCCGGCAUGCUGCGAAACGCACCGCAGCUGCUGCCUGGACAGAUCUCUGUGAGGCUGUGGUAUGACAAAGCGGGCCACCAGCUUAUCGUCAACGUGCUGCAGGCCGUGGAGCUUCCCCUCCGACCGGACGGGCGACCCAGAAGCCUUUACGUCAAGAUGUACUUCCUCCCGGACCGAAGCGACAAGAGCAAGCGGCGGACGAAGACGGUGAAGAAGACGGUGGAGCCCAAGUGGAGCCAGAAGUUUGUGUACACGCACGUGCACCGCCGGGACUUCCGCAACCACAUGCUGGAGCUGACCGUGUGGGACCAGCCCCGGAUGCCCGACGAGGACAGCACCUUCAUGGGGGAGAUCCUGAUAGAGUUGGAGACGGCGAAGCUGGACGACCAGCCCCACUGGUACCCCCUCCAGACCCACGAUGUGUCCUCCAUCCCUCUGCCCCGCCCCUCGCCCUACCUACCACGCAGGAACACAAACACAGAAGCCCCGGCCAAGAAGCUGCAGCGAUCUCAGCGUGUAACAGAGCCUGAGUUUGAUGACACUACCCCAGUAGUGUGUAAAGCAGACGGGCGUGGCCGGGAGAGACAGCGGGAGCCCUUGUCCACCCUGGAGGUGCCGGAGCAGCGGCAACCGUCCAAUCACCAUCUCCGAUCUCGCUCCGUCUCGCCACACCGCGAGGAGCAGGGGCGCACGCGCUCCCGGCCCCCCAACAUCCCCACCCAGCGGAGCCUGGACGACGAGAUCCCCCAGAGCCGGCGCUCUCGCUCCCCGAAGCGCUACCCCGACUCCUCCAGGGGCCACCACCAGAGCCACGACUAUCUCCAGGACAGGGGCCAUCCCCAGGGCGGGACCCCUCAGUCGUCCGCAGCCCCCCCCUCUGCCCGCAGGGUGAGACAGCUUCCCCAGGUCCCGGCCAAAAUCAGUACGGUGGAGGAAGGUGGGUGGAGGUCCAUUGUCAGCAGCAUCCAGAGGAGUGUGGAGACGGGCAUGGCGGUGGAGCUACCCCGGGGGGGGGUCUCCACCGUGAACCGGCAGGCCAGCAGGGACUCCACGGACGGCAGCAUGAACAGCUACAGCUCCGAGGGGAAUCUGAUCUUCUCAGGGAUGCGGCUAGGGGCUGACAGUCAGUUCAGUGACUUCCUGGAUGGAUUAGGCCCCGCCCAGCUGGUGGGCCGGCAAACCCUGGCCACGCCUGCCAUGGGAGACGUCCAGCUCGGUCUGACGGACAAGAAGGGCCAGCUAGAGGUGGAAGUGAUCAGGGCCCGUGGCCUUAUCCCAAAAACAGGCUCGAAAUCCCUCCCAGCUCCCUACGUCAAGGUGUACCUGCUGGACAGCGGAGCGUGUAAAGCCAAAAAGAAAACCAAGAUUGCACGGAAGACCCUGGAGCCGCUGUAUCAGCAGCAUCUGCUCUUCGAGGAGAGCCCCCGGGGCAAGGUGCUCCAGGUCAUAGUAUGGGGCGACUAUGGACGACUGGACCAUAAAUGCUUCAUGGGUGUGGCACAGAUCCUAUUGGAGGAGCUGGACCUCUCCAGUACCGUGAUUGGCUGGUACAAACUGUUCCCCCCUUCCUCGCUGGUGGACCCUACGUUAGCCCCGCUCGCGAGGCUGGCGUCCCAGACGUCACUGGACAGCUCAGGACCGCCUCCCGGCGUUCGAUCCUAG